AUUGUGGUGAGGUUGAGAACUAGGCUCCCACUCUGAUUAGAUUCUGGGGGAGAAAACCACAUGGCUACCGCCGAAAUGGCUUUGGCACCAGGUCUCCCACCAAGUCCCACUCCCGAACUUUAUGAGGCGCUACCUUUGUUCUACGUGAUAGCUUUGGUCUUCCUGGCCGUGUUGACCAUAUUCCUCUUGCAUAUACUGGGUCCGUUACGCCGGUGGUCGAGCCAUGGGCUCCUCCACUAUAUAGUGAUGGUAAUCUACACGCUCUCCUACCCGCUGGUUGGCUACACCAUUGGGUGGAUGCAGUCUACCAAUUAUUUGUACUUCAACGACUUCACUGUGUGGGCUGUGUUCCUGCUUCUGCUCCUCAGCAGCACGGACAGCCUCACGGCUUGCAGCAUCAAUGACAUCGAGAGCUGGAAGAGCAUCUACGUCAAACAUCUCUUUAAGGGAUUCUUGCUGGUGUUUAUCCUUCUAAAGUUUGGAUAUUACAUCGAGAAGGAUGUGGAUGCGGACUACCUGUGGUACCCGCUCUCACUCAUCCUGGUCGUUAUCGUCCUCAAGUCAUAUGUGAUGAUAGCUUCCAUGAGGAUGGUGAGCAAGUCCUACCUUGGCAAGAACGUGAAGAUGAUCGCCGAAUACAUGCACCAUAUAGACAACAAGCUGGUAGCCUUCGAUCCUGUGACCAUGGAAGGCUACCGGUACAUGGUCGCUGGUGAGAAACACUGCAUCAACCGGCGUGGACGCGCACCAUGGUACAAGAGGCCAGACGACUUGAAGGUUACCACAGUGGAGCAGAUCUGGCAGUGCGAGGGGAAUCUGCUCAUUGGUGAUCAGGGCAAGGUGCUCAAGGACUUGUGCCUCUCUAUGGCUCUCUCCAAGAUGCUCAACCGAAGGUUUGCUGGCUUCAAGCUCUCAGAGGCAGAGCUUGAGAAAACCCAUGACUUCGUAUUCAAAGGCCUGCUCGCCGGGGACGAGCAGCAGGCCUUCAGGGUCAUUGAGGAAGAACUUGUUUUUGUCCAUGACAUGUAUUACACAAGGUACUCUUACCUCUACCAAAAGGGUCGAUACCUGGCUCUUUGUCUGCCUGUCAUCAUGUCUGCCCUAUGCUCGUGGCUCGCAGUGGCCAGCCUGCACAUCAAGCGUACGGACGACCCCUAUCUCAGUAGUCGUCUCAACCGCACUCUGCUGUCUGGCACCAUAGUCAUACCGGUUGUCGUGGCAUUCCUGGAGGCAUACCAGACGUACCUGUACAUGGCCUCAGGUUGGUUCAAGGUGGCUUUGAUACGGAGCUACGUCACCGCACCAUUUUUGCAAACAAGCUGUUGUUCUGAGAUGAUCAUACGUCUUCUCUUGAUGUUGAAGGCGUUUCGCCCAUGGAAGGGCAGACUCGGGCAGUACUGUUUCCUCGAGAGUCUUUGCCGCAAAAGUAAGAUUAUGAAUUGUCUCCAUUAUGCUACACUACGCCUGGUGGACAAGGCCGUGAAGGGGCGCAUGGAAUCAGUAAAGCUGUCCGGAAAUGUGAAGAAAGCCAUCAUUGAUUCCCUACUAGGAAGCAACGGAAACCUGACGAACGGGGUAACAUCGCUACAAAGAAAUGGCGUCCAUGGUGACCUUUCGUGGGCAUGUGAUGCUACUGCUACCGAUGGAGCGGUGAGUCGCACCAUUCUGGUCUGGCACAUUGCUACAACACUGUGUGAGCACCAGCUGGAUAAACAAGGAAAACAAGCAGAGGCGCUCUAUAUCGGAAGCCAUACUUGAUGAGUCAAUUGAUAAUGGAGGCGACCCUCGGUGGCAGGGAUUACGAAAGCUACUCGAAGGGUCCAAUGAUCUGGAGAGCAGGUGUAAGGAAUUAUUGAUGUU